GCGCUUGUUGCGUCGAUGGAUCAGCUGUGGCGGAGCGCGCUGAUUGGCCGGGCGCGCGGCGGGGGGCGGGGGGGCACGUGGACUCCUCGCUCGUCAUCACCGGUUUCUCCGGUCGUCGAGCGCGUGAACGCCGGCGCGUCCGCCUCUCCUCGGACUUGGGAACCGACCCUUCCGGCUCGCGCCAUGGAUGCUACCGUCUACCAGAUCAUAAUUGGGGAGCUCGGGGACAUAAAUUGCACUUUGAUAGACGCGCUCCAAGAGACUUUUUUCGAGAACGCAUCGUUCUCGUGGCUCAGCUAUGAUGGUAAGAUGGAAUUCCUCCUCCUUCUCCUCCUUCUCCUCCUUCUUCUUCUCCCUUCUUCUCUCCGCUAUUGGGUGAUGCUGCGUGCGCUCCUGUUGUGCUCUCUUGUCUUCCCCCCCCAAGGGUUUUAUUGCAAUGCCACCAGCGAUGAGAUCGGGACCUGCUGGCCGCAGAGCAGCGCGGGCAGCGUCGUGGAGCGACCGUGUCCCGAGUACAUCAACGGGGUCAAGUACAACACCACCAGGAGCGCGUACAGGGAAUGCAUGGACAACGGCACCUGGGCCUUGAAGAGCAAUUACUCCAAUUGUGAACCCAUUUUGGAGGAGAAGAGAAAAUAUCCGAUGCAUUACAAAAUUGCGCUGAUUAUCAACUACCUGGGUCAUUGCAUCUCGGUGGGAGCUCUCGUCGUGGCCUUCGUUCUCUUCUUGUGCUUAAGGAGCAUACGAUGUCUUCGAAACAUCAUCCACUGGAACUUGAUCACCACGUUCAUACUGAGGAACGUCAUGUGGUUUUUGCUUCAGUUGAUCGACCACAACAUCCACGAGAGCAAUGAGCCCUGGUGUAGAUUAAUUACAACCAUAUACAACUACUUUGUGGUGACAAACUUCUUCUGGAUGUUUGUUGAGGGAUGUUACCUUCACACGGCCAUCGUGAUGACUUACUCCACCGAUAAGCUCAGGAAGUGGGUCUUCCUUUUCAUCGGCUGGUGUAUCCCGUGCCCUAUAAUAAUAGCUUGGGCCGUAGGAAAGUUAUAUUAUGAAAAUGAACAAUGUUGGUUUGGUAAAGAACCUGGGAAAUACAUGGACUACAUCUACCAGGGCCCCGUUAUCCUCGUGCUCCUGAUAAACUUUGUUUUCCUCUUCAACAUUGUAAGAAUCCUCAUGACCAAACUGAGAGCCUCAACCACCUCUGAAACGAUACAGUACAGGAAAGCGGUGAAAGCGACGCUGGUCCUGCUGCCUCUGCUGGGCAUCACCUACAUGCUGUUCUUUGUGAAUCCGGGGGAGGACGACAUCUCACAAAUCGUUUUCAUCUAUUUCAACUCCUUUUUGCAGUCCUUUCAGGGGUUCUUUGUGUCAGUGUUUUACUGCUUCCUGAAUGGAGAGGUACGUUCUGCAGUCAGGAAAAGGUGGCACCGCUGGCAGGACAACCACGCCCUCCGAGUGCGAGUGGCCCGCGCCAUGUCCAUCCCCACGUCGCCCACCAGGAUGAGCUUCCACAGCAUCAAGCAGACCACAGCUGUGUGAGCGGCCUCCACCGAGUCCCGGGUCCCACGUGGAAUGUGGCCGGUGGGCCGGCCUCCUUUUUGUCCGCCGGUAACAUAUUUGUGUCCGUUUUAGCAACACAGGAAGUAAAAUAGACACUUAAAUUCUUCCCCCGUAACAUAUUGUACACGAGUCGGGGAGUUUGGAUUUAAAAAGAGCCGUCCUAUUGCAGCGGGUCUUAUCUCGCAGCGCUCCGGUUGCUGUGAUCUUACUGCUUAGUGGCUGCGAUAAUCCUGCAGGAUUUGCAGGAGAAAACGUCGACAGCGGAAACCCUUUUAGACAUCAGCUCCUGUUGUCACUCAGUGGAAGGGCAACACGGCAUACUUGGAAUUCAGUCAGAUGCAUUGAAUACAGAUCUGAAUUUGGUCCAACGAAUAUCAUAAAACUGCCACACUGCUCUUUGAAUGAACUGCUCUCCGCCAUCGACAUCGAUUUUACACAGAUGUGGAGGAGGAUUAUGGCUGAAUUAAAUAUGAAACAACUUUAUUGUAUAAAAAAGGAAAACCAUCCGAAAAGAGGCCAAAUACACCUUUUAAGACUUAUUAUUAAUAGUAAUCAUCAAAAAAUCAGUGGUAAUAACCUGGUAAAUGUGAGCUGGGUUAAUAGAAGCCAUUGUAAUGCCUUUAUAAUGUGUCUUAAUGUGAGCCAUCUCCUCUAAGGCCGUAUUCUUUUAUAAUGUGUCGCAUUUUCGGUCUCGUACUGUACUAUCGUAGUCAAAAUACUUCAGCUUCCUCCCGUUUGUUGUCCUGGAACACAGAUAACACAGCUACAUAUUACCCAUAUCUCCAAAAAGGAAUAACAAGCGGUUAUCUUGGUUUCUUUAAGCUUCAUCGGGAUAACAUCCGCUUGUUCCACUGUGGGCUCUUGGUUGCGGGUGUCGUGUAGCAGAUCUAAUAUUUCAGCACCGUGUGGUAAAAUGUACAUAUUCACGUUUGCGUUCGGUAUGUUUUUUGUUACAUUAAAGCAGCCUUUGUUGUUGUUGUUGUUGUUGUUGAUCCUUGUGUGCUGCUCGACAGGACUGAUCAGUGAUUUCCAUCAAUUUAUUGCAGAAUUUAAGAAGUUUCCAAAACUCGUGGAGCCGUAACAGCGCACAACCCUCCCCGACCUUGUCAUGUUAUGUAAAUAUAAAAGAGGACUUUGUCUAGUAUUUUCAUACCGAAGUGAGGAAACAAACGCUUUCUUCAAAACUCAACUCGCCAAAGAGAGAAACCAUGUUUACCAGCAUCCAGAUGUGUUGUUGCCACUGCACUUUGUAGACCAAGUGGCGUCAGCUUUAUUUUGUUCACCAUUUAUCGUACGUGAUGAAAUGCAUCCGAUGCAGUGUGUGAUUUGUUAGUUACUGUACGUGAACACAUUGGACUUUAUGUAAAGAUAUUUAUUCAACCACCCAUGUUGCCUUACACAAACAAAAGAAAACGCUCUUUUGUGCAUAUCUGUGCGUGUCAUUGUGUAACUGUUCCAUUCGUACAUGCACAUGUGAAAGCGACAAUAAUGCUUUGAAUUAAAACUAUUCCCGUAAA